AUGUUUCCGGUCAGGCAGCCUUGGCUUUGCAAAGCCUUAGGUUGUUAUGAUUGCUGUGUCCGAUGCAUUGGGGCAGUGCCCUACCCAUCCCUGGUGGCCACCUUGCUGUGCUAUGCUGGCAUGGCAUUAUUUUGUGGCUGUGGGCACGAGGCGCUAUCCCAGACCGAAGUCCUCGUUGAAACUUACUUUGCCCGCAACAUUCAGGACUAUGCAGUCAUGGCCUCUUUUAUCAGAUACUUCCAGUAUGUGAUCUAUGGGCUGGCAUCAUUCUUCUUCCUGUUUGGUAUCCUGCUUUUGGCCGAGGGUUUCUACACUACAAGUGCAGUCAAGCAGACCUUUGGCGAGUUCAGGAGCACCCAGUGUGGCCGCUGCCUUAGCCUUACGUUCAUCAUAGUGACGUACAUCUUGGCCUUCAUCUGGCUGGCAGUGUUUGCUUUCACUGCUAUCCCAGUCUUUUUCCUGUUCAACAUGGAGCAGACCUGCCACACCAUCAAUAUUCUGGCUGAAACCACCCCCAGCAUUAAUCAGCACGGCUGGAUUUGCAUGGACGCCAGGCAGUAUGGUCUUCUCCCUUGGAAUGCCAUGCCAGGAAAAGCCUGUGGAAUGACCUUAGCAUCCAUUUGCAAAGCCAGUGAAUUCUACGUCACCUACGAUUUGUACAUAGCUGCAUUUGCUGGGGCAGGAAUCACUCUCUUGGCACUGUUUCUUUAUCUCGUUGCCACCACCUACAACUAUGCAGUCUUGCGGUUCCUUGGCAGAAAAGGAAUUCGCUAA